UUUCCCUCCCACCACCACCACCACCACCACCAGCAGCGCCCGUCCGCGCCAGCUAACGCUAAGGAAAAGGACAAGGACAAAAGACAGGUCACAGCAGAAGCGGAUGCGCCGAUGGCCGCGCUGUUCCUGCACAACUCGCUGUGGGUGCCGGACCCCGAGAGCCCGCCGCCGUCCGUGCAGCAUACACACAUCCCCUCCAGCGACUACGGGCCCAGGCACAGCCAGAGUCUGAGUCAUGGCCGGACGACGAGCGCGUCGACGCUCGCGGGCUUCUCGGAGGCUUCGCACCCGACACAGCCGCUGCUCCGCCCGGCGUCGUCGGCGGACGUGGCGUACCUCGACCUGCUUGCGCGGCAGCCACGACACCCGAGUGUCCGGGGUGCAGGACCGCCGCCGGGGCUGAGCUUCGACGGGGACCCGAUGACGGGGCGCGAGCGGAAGGAGAUGGCGGAGCGCGGGAUCCGGCGGCGGUUGAAGAGGGAGAAGAGGGCGGUCGUUGGGGCGGAGGGCGUCCUGGGCGUGUGGACGGUGUACUGUACCACACGAUACUUCGUCGCCUACGGGCACAUCCCCGCCGCUUCCCCCGCGGCAGAAGGCGCCGCCCUAGCCCUGGCCGCGGUUAGUUUAGCGGCGCUGGCGCUCCUGCUUGCCACCGCGCUCCUUCCGCUCAUCGAGACGCAUCUCCUCGGGCGGCGCACCCCCACCGUCCCCACCGUCCGCGCCGUCCGCCGCGGCCUGCGCUACUUCGCCGCGGCCCUGCUCCUCGCGCCCGCCGUGGCCAACCUCGUCCUCGCCCUCGUCUGGCGGCGCGCCGGCAGCGCCUCGCUCGCGCUCUCUGUCCGCUGCAAGCUCGAUGUGGACGUCGUGUGGUCCGUCCAAGAGAGGAAGGAGUGUGCGCCGCCGCCGUGGGUGCACUGGCUGAUACUCGCGCUGCUGCGGCUGGUGUUGACGCUCAUCGUCCUGAUCGUAUACGUCGUCGCACUGACGGCGUACUCCCACACCCGCCGGCCCUCCGCCGAGUCGAGCGCGGCCUCGCACCGCUCGCUUCCCUCUGCCUCGUCCACGCUGCGGAACGGGCCUGGUCCACCGCUGACGCCGGCGCCGGAACGCCGUUCCCUCCGGCGCACAAGGGAUCGGUCACAAUCUCAGUCGAAUAGCCAAACCCGCUCCCGCUCCCGCUCACGCUCGCGCCACCACGGCUCCACACUCACCACGAUCUCCUACUCGUCGUCCUCCGCGUCGUCGUCGUCGUCCGGCUCGGAUGGCGAGGACGAAUUCGACCCGUACGCCGACCUGCCCCCAGCGCCAGACCGCGAGCUGACCAGCUUCGUCGACCGCUUCCGCAGCCUCGUGUCGCAGGUCGGAAGGGACACCGCCGCGGGGUCCGUGCUCCCGCCCGCAUCCUCCGCCUCUGCUUUUUCUGCCUCGUACGCCCCCCGCCUUCCCAGCCGGCCCCAGCGCCCGUGCACAGCCGGCGCCGGACCGCGUGCUGAUCCUGAACGCGUACGUGCGCCGCAUGCCCACGAUCGAGAGCCUCGGCUCGCGCGAGGUGGGCAGCAGCGCGCCGGGGACGCCGACGGCGAGCGCCUCCCUCGCCAGCUGGAGCGAGCACGGACACUUUGGGGGGAGGAGGCCGAGUCUGAGCAUGAGCUUUGGCUCGCGCCCGGGGAGCGCGCCGGGGACGCCGGUGACGCGGCCGGCGGGGCUGGGGCUGCCGCUGGCUAUGACGCCGGGGCCGGCGGGGGCAGAGCGGGAGGGGGAGCGGGAGAGUCCGACGCUGAGGCGCGGGUCGACGACGAGCAGCAACGCUAG